GGUCUCACAGCGGACCUAUGGCUCUCUAUCACCUCUAUCAUCGCUGAAUAUGAUUCCGAAGACUCCGUCGGAGUAUCUAUCGUUCGCGUUAGGGUUUCUGCUUUGUGCCACAGUUCCUUUCGUUCACGCGGAGUCAUCCACGUGCUUGACAGUCUACAAGAACGGCGGUGCUCCGGCGGUGUUUCAGUCUCCAAAAUGCCCCCGCUGGAAGCUCUCCGAAUACGAUUCACCUCCCAAAACCACGGCACGUUGCCAGAUUGCGAUGCUCCAAGGCCACAGAAAGUCUCAAGAGGAUCGCGCUCUCUGCGUCCUCGAUGUUCGCAUUCCCUUCCCCAGUGUGGACGGGAUCAAGGAGGUUGCGGUUGGCAUUGUGGCCGUUUUUGACGGUCAUAACGGUGCAGAAGCUAGUGAGAUGGCAUCGAAACUUUUGUUGGAGUAUUUUGUUCUGCAUACUUAUUUUCUCCUCGAUGUUGCCUUUUCUGUUAUUUCAAAGACAUCAACAGGAGCAUGGCUUCACAAGAGAGACCGUGACCAUGCAAACUUACUGCAUAGAUGGAAGGAGAUUCUAGGUUCAGAAUGGCAUGGACUGCAUUUUGAAAGGUUUCAGAAUACAUUUUCUCCAAAUUUUGAUGAUUCUUUUCACUUGGAAAUUUUGAAGGAAGCAUUAUUGAGGGCAGUCCAUGACAUUGAUGCUAAAUUUUCUGAGGAAGCGUCUAGAAAUAAUUUUCACUCUGGAUCAACAGCUACCAUUGUUUUGGUAGCGGAUGAUAAAAUUUUGGUUGCCAAUAUUGGAGACUCUAAGGCCAUAUUGUGCUCUAAAAAUUUUCAGUCUCCCAAAGAGGCUAAAGAUUUAUUAUUAAAGCUAUAUAGACAGAAAGAGCAUGAUGGUUCUGUUUCUAUGUGGGAUCGUGAAAAGUACAAAAUGGCUUCAUCCCAUGGUCUCACUCAUUUUGCAGUAAAGGAAUUGACCAGUGAUCAUCAUCCAGAUAGAGAUGAUGAAAGAAAUCGGGUGGAAACAGCUGGAGGUCAAGUUCAAAAUUGGGGUGGUGUGCCUCGCAUAAAUGGUCAGCUGGCUAUUACACGGGCUAUCGGUGACCUACCCUUUAAAAGUUAUGGCGUUAUAUCUGCACCAGAAGUGACUGAUUGGCAGCCUCUGACUGCUAAUGAUAGCUAUUUGGUGGUAGCAUCGGAUGGUGUAUUUGAGAAGACAAGCUUGCAGGAUGUCUGUGAUUUGUUGUGGGAAUUGCACAGUUACAGUAACAUGAGAUCAGAGUGCGCCCAUUCUUCCUAUUCGUUAGCAGAUUUAAUUGUUAAUAAUGCCUUAAAAAAGGGCAGUAUGGACAAUGUGGCAGCCAUUGUCAUUCCUCUGGAGUCUAUCAAAUCCUCUGUAAACUCGCGUAGGGGAAGUUAUAUUGGAAAGAGGGAUGCUGGUUUCCCAUUUGGUGUGCAAGAAUCUUCCUUCAAAAGCUCAGGUAAUGGCAUCUUGUCUAAUCUUAUGCACUUGGAGCACCCUCAUCUGGUAGAUACGAAGUUGAAGCGAAUAUUGGUUGAAGUGAAAGAUGGUGAUUUUGGCUGCUUUUAUUUAGCUGAAAAUCUUGAUGAAAUAGAGGACUCCAAGCAGAUUGCCAAAAAAGUUGACUGGGAUGACUAUUUGUAUGAACUACCUCCACCUCCACCCGAUUCCCUUUCUCAGCAUCCCACUUCAGGGGGUCUUGUCGAUUUAUACAAUAACCAAAACUUUUGCUUUGACUAUGGUCCAACUAUUAAUGAACCUGAAGACCGAUGCAUAAAUCCUGAAGGCUUUGCUAGUUUCAUUGGUCUUCUUGAAUCAAUUCCUUUGCAUGAUACUGAUUCUAGUAAUGGGUCUUCUGAUUAUUCAAUGCCUGAUUUGAGGUAUGUGUUGAAGAAGAGUUUUGGACGUGGGUCAUUUGGUGAAGUGUGGUUGGCUUUUCAUUGGAAUUGUUAUCAAGAUACUAAUGUUGAAAAAGAGAACAGGGAUGAUACAAAUACAACCAACAGCACAACGACUUCUGAUUGUCAGAAUGGUCCUUCUAAUUACACCCUGUACAUUUUGAAACGUAUAAUGGUGGAGAGGGGGUCAGCUGUUUACUUAAGUGGUCUAAGGGAGAAGUACUUCGGAGAAGUUUUUUUAAAUGCCUCUACAUGCUUUGAAGAUCCACUAUCGACUGGAAAAUCAAACUGUGUCUUGGAAUCAUCACAUGAGAAUUCAUUUCCGAACAAAUUUCGACCACAAAGAACCCUAUAUGAAGAAGGCUUGAAUCAUAUUGCAAGAUAUGUGGAAUCUUUUGAGUCUCAAGCAAACGAAAUUUGGCUUGUAUUUAGUUUUGAAGGUGUGUCACUGUCUAAACUUCUAUAUUCCAUGGAAGAUGCAUAUGGUACUGCUGAGCAAGAAAGACUUGAGCAAGCUAAACACGCUCAGAUACUACGACCAUCAAAGUGGUGGCAUUGGUUGAAAACAACAGAAGAAGGGCAGGCAGAAAUGCGUAACCUUAUCUGGCAGCUGCUGCUGUCAACAAAGACGGACAAAUAUUACAUUUCCCAGAAUUUAUUAUUGAUUUUUCCUGUGCUGCAUAUUCUUGACAAUCCUCAGUUAUUAGCUCUCAAGUCCUGUCAUGAUCGCAACAUCACACACAGAGAUAUUAAACCUGAGAAUAUGGUGAUAUGCUUUGAAGAUCAGGAAACAGGGAGAUGCUUGAAAGAGAUUCCCACUAAAGUUAAUAAUUCUUCUACCAAAAUGCGUAUUAUUGACUUUGGAAGUGGACUUGAUGAAUACACAUUAAAUAAUUUGUAUGGUUCUACUGGGCCUUCGAGAGCUGAGCAAACCUAUGAGUAUACGCCUCCUGAAGCUUUACUAAAUGCUACAUGGUAUCAAGGGCCAACAAGCUCGACUUUGAAAUAUGACAUGUGGAGCGUUGGUGUUGUGAUGUUAGAGUUGGUCUUAGGGACACCAGAUGUUUUUCAGAUAAAUGCUUUAACACGGACUCUAUUAGAUCAACAUCUAGAAGGCUGGAAUGAGGGCGUGAAGGAGCUGGCAUAUAAACUUAGAUCAUUCAUGGAAUUGUGCAUUUUAAUCCCUGGGAUCUCCAGGUCCAGCAGUUUCUCAAAAAAGUAUGACACAGUGAACCAAGUUGGAGUUUCACCUGCAUCUUGGAAAUGCUCUGAAGAAUUCUUUUCUCGUCAAAUUAGGAAUCGAGAUCCCCUUAAAAUAGGUUUUUCAAACAUCUGGGCUUUACGGUUAGUGCGUCGUUUGUUACAUUGGGAUCCAGAGGAUCGGCCAAGUAUUGAUGAGGCUCUUCAACAUCCUUAUUUCCAACAUCCCCGCAGAGAGUGAUUAUAUAGAAAACGAUAAGGUCUUCUCCACCGAUUUAUUCAUUUACAGAUGUGCUGUAAUGACAUUAUGAAAGUUAAUAUGCCUCUUCAAGGACAUCGAGGAAAGCUGAAAAUCUAGCGGGGCGGUUGGCAUCAAAUAUCGUCUGUAAUUGGCAUGGAAACUUUAGUAGAAUAAAAUAUUUGGAAUUCAUGAAAGGCUCGUCACAAAGAAAGAUCAAUAUUGCCUCUGCUUAGAACAGCCUUUACGGCGCAUUCGGCCAAACAUGAUGAGAAUACUGGUCGGUGAAAAUUCUAAAAUCAGUCACACGUGUUAGAGAGACGUGUUCGAUUUUUUAUCAUCCCAUACAGUACAAUACAUUAAUGCGCUGUGUUAAUAAAAUUCCUUUGUAUAUCCGUGUAUAAGAAGAGCUCAUGUUCGUAAGGAAAUGCUUGCAAUUAAGAUUUAAAAAGUAUUUUUAAAAAAAAGAUUGAUAUUCAAUAUAAAUUAUGAGAAUAGGGUAAUAAACUUGCUAUUCAAUUGAGAUUGUAAAGGAUUAUUUUU